ACUUUUGUUGGAACCAUUGAAAGAAGAAGAAGAAUCAAGAGAAAGAGGUGCAGUGGUGCGCCAACAGAUAAAACGAACGCCAACGAAAGCUUCCUCUCGUUUCCCCCAAUUGGUCCCUAAAAGUUCCACCUUUUCUUCUCCAUCGUUCUUCUCCGUCGGCUCUGCAGAAACCCCCUGAGUGAGAAAGAUGGAUCGUCUUGCCGGCCCUGCCCGUCUCAUGAUUGUUUCUGAUCUUGACCAUACAAUGGUUGAUCAUCAUGAUCCCGAGAACCUAUCACUUCUCAGGUUUAAUGCGUUAUGGGAAUCCAAUUACCGCCAUGAUUCUCUGCUUGUUUUCUCUACUGGAAGGUCACCAACACUGUACAAGGAGCUUAGGAAGGAGAAGCCCUUGCUGACACCAGAUAUAACUAUCAUGUCUGUGGGCACAGAAAUAACUUAUGGUGAACUCAUGGCUCCUGAUAGUGGAUGGGAGAGAUUUCUGGAUCGGAAAUGGAAUCGUGAUAUUGUUGUUGCGGAAUCAUCCAAAUUUCCAGAACUUAAAUUUCAGUCAGCAUCGGAGCAGCGGCCACACAAGGUUAGCUUUUAUGUGCAGAAGGACAAGGCCGAGGCAGUGAUGAAGUCUCUUAAUGAGAUCCUCACAAUUCAAGGGCUAGAUGUGAAGAUAAUUUACAGUGGUGGAAUAGAUCUUGACAUAUUACCCCAAGGUGCUGGAAAGGGCCAGGCUUUAGCAUAUUUACUCAAAAAACUUAAGGCAGAUCAGAAGCUACCACUCAAUACCCUUGCUUGUGGUGAUUCUGGCAAUGAUGCUGAGUUAUUCAGCAUUCCAGAUGUUCAUGGUGUGAUGGUCAGCAAUGCUCAAGAGGAACUAUUAAAAUGGCAUGCUGAAAAUGCCAGGAAUAACCCUAAGAUAUUUCUUGCAAAUGAGAGAUGUGCUUCUGGGAUUAUAGAGGCUAUAGGGCAUUUUGGGCUUGGCCCUAAUAUAUCUCCUAGAGAUGUUGAGGAUUUAUCAACCUGCAAGACUAACAACUUCAAUCCUGGACAUGAAUUAGUACUGUUUUACUUAUUGUAUGAAAGAUGGCGUCGUGAGGAAGUUGAACAGUCGGCAGCUACGAUCGAGACCAUGAAGAAGAUUACCUCUCACAAUGGGGUGCUGAUUCAUCCUUUCGGAGUCGAGCAUCCUCUUCAUGAAUGCAUAGAUGCCUUUGCUAUGAGUUAUGGCGACAAAAAGGGCAAGCAGUUUCGAGUAUGGUUAGAUAGAGUUUCUUCUACUCAGGUUCAUCCAGAUGCUUGGCUGGUGAAAUUUGACAAAUGGGAGAUGUCAGACGAAGGGCGGCGGUGCUGUCUAACGACUGUUGUGCUGAACACCAAGAAAGACACAGCUGAAGGACUCAUGCUGGUACAUGUCCAUCAGACUUGGAUGGAUGGCUUUGCCGCUCAACAAAACUGGUUUUUUUAAUAUUGUCAUGCAGUCUUUGUAUGACAGCUGAGAGAGCCCAACUGGGUGCGAAAUUGUGACCUUGUUCCACCUCUGAGCCAUGGAAGCAUCAGAGGAAUUAAAUUUUUCAUGCAAAUAAAUUUUAUGUCAAAACCCACCUUAUUUAUAAAUGGGGACAUUAUAAUGCUUUUUAGCUUCUUAAAGGAUGGCUUCUCAUGC